UAAGGCAAACGGGUGUAAAUUUCUGUCCCGUUGGUCAAAAUCAUACAGUUGACGUUUUUUUUUCUUAUUAUUAAUUUUCUGUCAUAUAAUUUUUCUUAUUAAGGGUGUAUAAUAGUGUUGGGGCUCUUUAAUUUUUCAGUUUAUUUCACAUAUAUAAUGUCGUAUUCAAAUAAAUAUAUUUUCGCUACUUUACCACGUACUCAACGGGGACAACCAUUAGUUUUGGGUGGCGAUCCAAAAGGGAAAAAUUUUCUUUAUACAAAUGGUAAUUCAGUGAUUAUAAGAAAUAUUGAGAAUCCAGCAAUAUCAGAGGUUUACACAGAACACUCAUGCGCUGUUAAUGUAGCAAAAUAUUCACCAAGUGGAUUUUAUAUUGCUUCUGGAGAUCAAUCCGGUAAAGUUCGUAUUUGGGACACGGUAAACAAGGAACAUUUAUUAAAAAAUGAAUUCCAUCCAAUUGGUGGUCCAAUUAAAGACAUAUCAUGGUCACCAGAUAAUCAACGAAUGGUUGUCGUUGGUGAGGGUCGUGAACGAUUUGGACAUGUUUUCAUGUCAGAAACUGGUACAUCUGUUGGAGAAAUAUCCGGUCAAUCAAAACCAAUUAACUCAUGUGAUUUUCGGCCUGCUCGACCAUUCCGUAUCGUGACUGGAUCUGAAGACAAUACAAUCGGUGUCUUUGAAGGACCACCAUUCAAAUUUAAAAUGACCAAACAAGAACAUUCACGAUUCGUACAAGCGGUACGAUAUUCGCCAAGUGGUAGUCAUUUUGCGUCAGCUGGUUUUGAUGGCAAAGUAUUUUUAUAUGAUGGUGCUAACGCUGAUUUAGUUGGAGAAGUUGGUGCUCCAGCACAUAAGGGUGGUGUAUAUGGCGUUGCAUGGUCUCCAGAUGGUAAACAAUUAUUAACCGCAUCAGGAGAUAAAACAUGUCGAUUAUGGGAUGUAGAAACUCGACAAAUGGUUAGCGAGUUUGUUAUGGGUUCAACAGUGGAUGAUCAACAAGUUGCUUGUUUGUGGCAAGGUCCACACUUACUUUCCGUAUCACUUAGUGGUUUUAUCAAUUAUUUGGAUGUAAACGAUCCAACAAAACCGUUAAGAAUCGUUCAAGGCCACAAUAAACCAAUUACAGUAUUAGAAUUAAGCAAAGAUCGUUCAGAGAUCUACACAGGAUCACAUGAUGGAAAUGUUACUGCCUGGACAGUCACCGAUGGAACAAGUAAACGUAUAACCGGAACUGGACAUGGAAAUCAAAUUAACGCUAUGCGAGCAACAGACACCACCCUCUUUACUUGCGGUAUUGACGAUUCAUUACGGCAAGUAAACAUCGAAAGUAAAUCAUACACCGGAGAUGUAUUAGCACUUGGUGCUCAACCACGUGGAAUGGAUGUAUUCGUUGAAGAUAAUAAAGUUGUCACUGCCACCGUUAAAGAAAUCAUUGUCGCUGAAAAUGGUCGUAAAAUUAGUUCAAUACCAUGCAAUUAUGAACCUAGUUCGGUCUCAAUUAGUACUAACGGUGAUGUAGCAAUCACUGGAGCUGGUGAUAAUAAAGUACAUAUUUACACGCUAGCGGGUAGCCAAUUAAAUUUAAAAAAAGAAUUGGAACAUUUAGGACCGGUUACCGAUUGUGUGUAUUCAACAAAUGGAAAAUUAUUAGUUGCAUGUGAUGCAAAUCGUAAAGUUAUUCUGUAUAAUGCUGAAGAUGAUUAUAAACCAGCGCAUGAUCAAGAAUGGGGCUUUCAUAAUGCACGUGUUAAUUCGGUGGCAUUCUCACCGGAUUCACUGAAAGUGGCUAGUGGUGCUUUGGAUACGAAUAUUAUUAUUUGGUCCGUUUCAGUACCAAAUAAACAUUUAAUUAUUAAAAAUGCUCACCCCCAAAGUCAAAUAACACGUUUAGCUUGGUUGGAUAAUGAAACACUGGUGUCUGUGGGUCAAGAUUGCAAUACUAAAUUAUGGAGCGUUAAUGGCAUUUAAAUUUAAUGAAAUUAUUACCUGAAUUUUUUUAAU